AUGACACAACGUUAUGAAGAUGGCAUGCCUAUUGUUCUUAAUGGCGGUAAACCAGAUAUUUUUCUAACAAUGACAUGCAAUCCUUCUUGGAGUGAGAUAACAUCAGAACUUUUGCCUUUUCAAACACCACAAGAUCGUCCAGAUUUGCUAACAAGAAUAUUUCGUUCGAAAUUUGAGAAAUUGAAGGACGAUGUUAUUAAUAAAGGAGUCUUGGGUAAAGUUAAAAGCUACAUGUAUGUCACUGAAUUUCAAAAGCGAGGACUGCCGCAUGUGCAUAUGUUGUUGGUCUUAGAAAGUAACGAUAAGUUGCGUGACCCAAAAGAUUAUGAUAGUAUGGUAAGAGCAGAAAUACCUAAAUUAGAAUGUGAACCACAGUUGCAUGAAGUUGUUGUAAGACAUAUGAUCCACGAACCUUGCGACAUAAUCAACCGAAUGUCUCCAUGUAUGAAAGACGGACAUUGUAAAAAAAGGUAUCCGAAACAAUUCUUGGAUGAAACCCGUCAAGGCACUGACUCAUAUCCCGAGUAUAGGAGAAGGUUUGAUGAGUCUGUAUCGUUAGGUAAAGAUAGGUCUGUCGAUAAUAGAUGGGUGGUUCCUUAUAACCCUUGGUUACUGUUAAAGUAUGACUGUCACAUCAAUGUAGAGAUUUGCAGUAGCAUUAAAAGUAUCAAGUAUCUAUACAAAUAUGUGUACAAGGGCCCUGAUCGUGUGGCUAUGGAGGUUCAUAAAGGAUCAUACAUGGAUGAAGUUCAGCAAUAUGUUGAUGCAAUAUGGAUUUGUGCUCCCGAUGCAUUAUGGAAAAUAUUUCAAUUCACUCUUUACCGAUUAUAUCCUUCGCUUGAAAGAUUGCAGAUCCACUUGCCGAACCGCCAUCAAGUGCGCUUUUAUGAUCAUCAGCAAAUUGUAGAUGUGUUAAAUAAUGAACGCAACCCCAAAACAAUGCUCACACAAUUCUUUGCAUUGAAUCUACGAGAUCCACAACAAGAAAGUAUCUGUCCAACCAGUUGGGAAUAUCUUCUUACAAAUAAUGGCAUGACUUUCAGUGCAUUCAAAAAAUCAGCCGAGGAUACGGGAUUUCUAGAGACUGAUCAUAGUAUUCGUGAUUGUUUGGUUGAGGCUACGAGUCUCCGAAUGCCAUAUGCUUUACGAAGGUUAUUCGUGACGAUUUUUAUAUUUUGUGAACCUACUGAUGUUAGAGGCCUUUGGAAUGAGUUUUUUACACAUAUGGUAGAGGAUUAUCAAACAACUAACAAUGUUGUGGAGUCAGACUUAACUAAUAUGUUGUUGAAGGACUUGAAUGAACUCUUAAACCUGCACGGUAAAAAGAUUGAAGAUUAUGAUCUCCCAUAUUUACCCCCUAAUACAAUAGACAGAGGUGCAGUUCCAAGUAUCAUACAAGAGGAGUUAGCGAUCGAUAUCCCCAAUGAAGAUAUUGAAUCUAUUGCUAAGUUAAAUAAUGAUCAAAUGAUUGCAUUCAACACCAUUAUGAAUGUAAUUGUUUAA